AUGUCUGCCUGCGGACACGAGUCUUCCACUGCUAGCAGAGGAAAAUCCGGACACGGUAGUGCACCGGAAGAACAAAGGCCAGAUGUGUCGGCGAUUGACUUAACUGCGGCCCAGCUGCCAUCUUCUGACCAAUACGAGUCGGGUUCUCAAAGCAGUGGCAAGGACACCGUCGACGCUCCGAUGCCCUCUGUAUGGCUAACAAAAAUGAAGGAAGAAUCUGUUGAAGAAGGACCAUCGAGCCUCCACACCCCCAAAGAUCUCGUUAUUGUGCCAAAUCCACCCUAUCCCCAAUGCUCUUCCGCUCCAACGCUCACCACACACAACUCCUCCUCCUCCACCCAAUCACCAAAGAGUAAUAUGGCAGCUGGGGUGUUUUCACCGAGGAAAGACAAGCGCCGUUUAGGGGCUCUAGUGUCUCUUACUGGCCAGCCUUUCUCGCGGAUUCCCGAUGUCGAUUUUUCCCCUAAACGCCUUCCUGAUCUAACCUCCUCUGCUGGGUGCCCCCCGAAGAAUUGGAAAAUUACCCACUCCGACCGACUUAAUGCCCUCAUUGACGAGUGUGAGCGCAUCGUUGACGGACGCAAGGUGUUUAAGUGCAAGUUUUGCGGCAAAAUGUACGACAUAAAAAGCAGCAUGCGCUACCACAUGAAGAUCAUCCACCUGCAGCUCCAUCUGCGCACAUCUGAAAUGCAGUGUCGCAUCUGUGGGAAGCAAUUCACGUGUAUCAGCGCUGUGAAUCGGCACCAGCUUAAGUGCUCGGCAAAUUCGACCUCAACUUUCACCUCAACCCAUCCAAUCCAAUCCUCGUGUGGUUCCACAUUUUUGGGGAAGCCGCGUCAACCAUCGCUGCCGUCGUUUGCGAGCCAGUCCUCCUCGGCUUUCAUGAACCUCAACAGUAGUCCCGGUCUGCGUUGGAGCAGUGGAAGUACCAGUGGACGGCAUUGCAGCCAGCCCGUCAGCAGCCAAAUCCCCUUCACCUUCUCUCCGGCCACCGAUACCCCGGCAUACCUCUCCCCCUCCGUGACCUCCACAUUCCCGUCUCAAGCACCUCGCACGGCCUUUGAUCUAGACGGGCCCCGCGUUCCCGUUGUUCCCGACCUUUCGCCACAUCAACUUGGCGGUUCUCCACUGGCUCAUUCUGUGCAGAACCUGGUGGAGGGCAUUCCACCCUUCUCCUUCAACGAAGUCUUCUUGGCGAGCCUCGGCCGAACUAAUGGGGUGGGACCGAAUGACCGGAAGCCGCCUAUGCUUGAUGAUCUACAGCCACCUGGUUUCAUGGGAGCAGCGCACAACUUCCUAGCGCCUCCACCGUCCAAGAGGCUGCGAAAAUCCGACAUCCCCUCCUUCGUUGAUGGCCGCCUAAAUGAGAACCUCUACGAACGGCUCUUUUCCGCUCAAGGUGAAGCCGCAGCUGGUUCUGCAACCACAGCUACGGGCACAGCCAUCGACCUCUCACUCAAUGCCUCAUGUUAG